UUUUGCAUCGUAGGGGUGCCCCUGCGCGAUUUGACCAUAUAGAAGAUGAUCCUCACGCAGUGCGCCGUCUGCGCCACCGAGCUUGGCUUAAGCUUGGGCAAGAAAUGCGGCCGCUGCAGCACACGCUACUGUGGGCCUGAAUGCCAGAAACAACACUGGGAAGCGGGCGGCCACGACCAGCUUUGCAAACCGAUAAAAAAGGCGGGCGGCGCCGAGCAGUAUAAUGCCAAUAAGAGAUACACGGAGGCCGUCGCGGAGGCCGUCGAGGCGUGCGCCGAGGACACGAAGGGCCAGACGUGCUACAUCUGCACGCAGGCCCUCCACUGGAAGACGAAGGAGGGCCUCGUACGCGGGUGUUCGUGCCGCGGGACGGCGGGCCUCGCGCAUGUGUCGUGCCUGGCGGAGCAGGCGAAGAUUUUAUUCGCGGAGGCCGAGGAGAACAAUAAACCAUUAGAUCCAGCGUGGGCGCGGUGGCACACGUGCGGCCUGUGCAAGCAAAAUCAUCACGGCGUCGUGCGGGGCGCGCUCGGCUGGGCGUGCUGGAAAACGUACGUGGGCCGGCCGGAGGGGGACUGGAAUCGGAUCAACGCGAUGAAUGAGCUCGGGACCGGUUUAUCCGCCGCAGAGCACCACGAGGACGCGUUGGCCGUGAGGGAGGCCGAAUUGUCUACACGGCGGCGCCUUGGUGAUUCAGAGGAAUCCAUUCUCACCGUGCAGGGCAAUCUUGCGGUCACGUAUGUAGUGAUCGGGCGGCACGAAGAGGCCCUAAAUCUAUAUCGUGAUGUAUACUCUGGACGUGUGAGGCUCAAUGGCGAGGAACACUUGACCACCCUUAUAGCAGCCAACAACUACGCGCUGUCCCUAAAUGAACUAAAGCGCUUCGAAGAAGCCAAGCCGUUGCUGCGCAGAACGAUCCCCGUGGCGCGACGUGUUCUCGAAGAUGGCAAUGACACCAUGCUCAAGAUGAGGUGGACUUAUGCGCAGACCCUCUACAAGGACGACGGCGCCACGCUCGACGAUGUCCGCGAGGCCGUGACGACUCUCGAGGACACGGGACGGAUCGCGCGGCGCGUGCUCGGCGGCGCGCACCCGACCACAACGGGGAUUGAGGACCAUCUGCGAGUCGCGCGAGCAAUCCUCCGCGCCCGCGAGGCGCCGCCGACGAGUGGCUAA